CCGAAAUUUCCAAGCUUAGUUUUGCAGACAACAAAGCACAAGUGAAUCUUUUUCUUUUAUUACUUUUUAAAGGCUCACCUCACUUCAUCCACUCUCUUUGAUCUGCAAGUAAAAAGGGUCUUAAAAGUUCCAAGUCAACAUUGCACAUUGAUGUCUCCAUCUCUGAUUGGAAGUUAGUGAUGAAGAAUUAAUACUCAUGGUGUUUCAAAAAGAAAAUGUCAAAAGCUGAUUUUGAGAAAUGGGGUUUUUCCAAUUCAUGUAGAAUCAGAAGUCAAAGAAGAUUGGUGGGAGUGGGAAGGAUAUGUUGAAAAAGCUUAAGAAAUUGAUUACCAUUUGUUGGUCAACCUCAAGUCAAAAUAUGAUAAUAUUUUCUCUAAAGAUGCUAUAAGUUGUGGGUCAAGUGAAUUAUCUGCAAUUCACUGAACAAUUUGAUGUAAUGGAAGGUGUUUUUGCAGUAAUCUUCAUAGUCUUCAACUUGUUGUUGCUUCCUUAUCCUUCCUUUUCUCUUCCUUUAUGCACAGAUUCCAGGGCACCUCUGACCGUAAGCACCAAGCUGGAAUUUUGUUCCUAUAAUGGAAGCAGCUGCUGCAAUUCCACUGAUGAUUCAAAAUUGCAGAAGCAAUUCCAAGCAAUGAAUAUCUCUGAUCCAAGCUGUGCUUCACUUCUGCAAUCAGUCCUCUGUGCUAGAUGUGAUCCGUUUUCCGCAAAGUUAUUCACUAGUGAUUCAGUUCCACGACCGGUGCCUCUUCUCUGCAACUCUACUGUUUCAACGAACUCGUCUCAGUCUAACCAAGCAACAAAUGAUUUCUGUUCUCAAGUAUGGGAUACAUGUCAGAAUGUACUAAUACUGAAUUCACCAUUUGCACCUUCAUUGCAAGGGCAAGCCGGAGCACCCGUGAAUUCGAAUUUCACCAAGUUGACUGAACUUUGGCAGUCAAAAACUGAUUUCUGUGAUGCCUUUGGUGGAGCAUCUACUGCUGGAUCAAUUUGCUAUGAUGGUGAACCUGUUACACUAAAUGAGACUGGAACUCCUAGUGCUCUGCAUGGCUUAUGCCUCGAGAAAAUCGGGGAGGGAAAUUACUUGGAUAUGGUUGCUCACCCUGAUGGAUCAAACCGUGCAUUUUUCUCCAAUCAACAAGGUAAGAUUUGGUUGGCGACUAUUCCCGAAGUGGGAUCCAGAGGAACGUUGGAGCUCGAUGAAUCCAACCCCUUUGUUGAUCUUACUGAUCAAGUUCAUUUCGAUACUACAUUCGGGAUGAUGGGAAUUGCAUUUCAUCCAAAUUUUGCGGAAAAUGGCCGAUUCUUUGCCUCAUUCAAUUGUGACAAGGGUAAGUCACCAGGAUGUUCAGGAAGAUGUUCGUGUAACUCUGAUGUGAACUGUGAUCCCUCGAAACUACGUUUGGACAAUGGUGACCAGCCAUGUCAGUAUCAAAGUGUUAUUGCAGAAUAUACUGCCAAUGGUACCGCAUCGCAGCCGUCCUCGGCAGAAAAUGCUAGGCCAUCAGAAGUGAGAAGGAUAUUCACUAUGGGACUUCCUUUUACUUCUCAACAUGGUGGGCAGAUUCUUUUUGGACCGACAGAUGGGUAUCUAUACUUCAUGAUGGGGGAUGGUGGCGGUGGUGGUGAUCCGUACAAUUUCUCUCAAAACAAAAAAUCAAUACUUGGAAAAAUCAUGAGGCUUGAUGUAGAUACUAUACCAAGUACUGCUGAGAUUAAUAGACUCGGCCUAUGGGGAAACUAUUCUAUCCCCAAAGACAAUCCAUUUAGCGAAGAUGAAGACUUGCUGCCUGAAAUAUGGGCUUUCGGAUUAAGAAAUCCUUGGCGCUGCAGUUUCGAUUCAGAAAGGCCUUCCUAUUUUAUGUGCGCGGAUGUUGGCGAGAAUUUGUACGAAGAGGUUGACAUUAUCAGCAAGGGCGGAAAUUAUGGUUGGCGUGUUUACGAGGGCCUCUAUCCUUUCGAUCCUACAUCAUCACCUGGAGGGAAUACACAAGUGAAUUCCAUAAGCCCCAUUCUGCCAGUUAUGGGAUACAAUCACUCUGAAGUAAACAAGAAAGUCGGAUCAGCCUCGAUCAUAGGAGGUUAUUUUUACCGGUCCAACACCGAUCCUUGUAUGUAUGGAAGGUACUUGUACGCAGAUUUGUAUGCCGGUGCAAUAUGGGCAGCAACCGAAGACCCUGAAAACAGUGGCAACUUCUCAACUAACACUAUUCCUUUUGGUUGUGCAAGAGACUCCCCUCUAGAAUGCAGCACCGUGCCAGCAAGCACUCUUGCAGCAUUGGGUUACAUUUACUCAUUCGGUCAGGACAAUAGCAAAGAUAUCUACUUGCUAACCAGCAGUGGGGUUUAUAGAGUUGCCGCUCCGAGUCAAUGCAAUUACACUUGCUCCAAGGAAAAUGUUACCGCAGUCGCAAGUCCGAGUCCUACUACUUCACCACCUUCACAUGCAAACCAGUUGAGUCCAGUAAUCCUAUUAUCUGCCUUGUUGCUGCUCAUGGCAGGUCUUGCCUAACAUUUCAUUACGGCUACAUGUUGUUGUACAAUGUAGAGACGAAUAAGUUUUGGGACAACUAUAUAUUUCGACUUCGAUCAGGUUUCAAAUCCUCGACCCCAUUCGAAAAUGGAUUUAAACCCCUGCAACUGUUAAUGCAGCAUUUUCAGGAAGCUUAAGUAUUAGUUCUUCCAAUGCACCAUGCUGAUUCCCACUAUAUUUGUUUAGAUAUGGUAUCAAUACUAUGUUUGUUUGUCUAAACUUUAAUCUAGUAAGUCAAUUUUCAAA